AUGUUUGGCUUUGGAAGAAAAAAUACUGGGCCUGUGAAGGAAUGGAAAGUCGAUGACAGCAAAGCUGUUGUUAGUAAGACUUUUGACCAACCCCCAACGUCGAUCGAACAUACGCCCGAAUAUGAGGACAUCGAGAAGGAGGAGCAUGAAGAGAUAUACAACAAUGUUCUCAAGCAUUUCAAGGAAACAGAUCUGUAUCCUGUAAAGGAGGGAGAUUGUCCGAAAUCCGACUGGAAGCCAUUAAAUAAAUAUGAAAAGUUGUGGUUAUCAAAACAAUGUCUGCUAAGGUACCUAAGAGCAUGUAAUUGGAAACAGGAAGAGGCAAUCAAGAGAAUCAUUGGAUCCAUUGCCUGGAGAAGGGAAUUUGGUAUCGGAGGUGGUGAAUGGGAUAAGAUUACACCUGAAUCAGUUGAAGUUGAGAACGAGACAGGUAAACAUCUAGUUUUCGGCUUUGAUGAUGAGAAAAGACCGUGUUUACAUUUGUACAACGGUAAAAGAAAUACCAAAGCAUCCGAUAGGCAGAUUCAGUUUUUGAUCUUUAUGUUAGAAAGAACAAUUGACUUUAUGCCCCAGGGCCAAGACAAAUUGUGCCUUUGUGUUGAUUUUAAAAAGUAUCCGGAAUCUUGUACUGAAGAUCCAAAAGUUCCACCAGUCAGUCUUGGUAAAUCAAUUUUAUAUAUUUUGCAGUAUCAUUACCCAGAAAGAUUAGGACGUGCACUGUUUAUCAAUAUGCCAACAUUAGUCAACAUUUUUUUAAAGCUCUGCUGGCCAUUUGUUGAUCCAUACACAAAGCAAAAAUGUAAAUUCGACGAACCUUUUGAUCAAUUCAUCAAACCUGAACAAUUGGCAUAUAAUUAUGGUGGUGAUGUCAACUUUGAUUACAUGCACGAUGAAUAUUGGGAUGACUUUGUUGCAAAGGCUGAAAAGAAAAGGGCAAAAAUGAUGGAAAAUUUCGAAAAAAAAGGUGGGGAAAUAGGUACCAGUGAAUGGGAUAUUAGAGAUGGAAUCUAG